UGGUAAAAAUCUUUUACCAUAACUUAAAUUAUAAGAAGGUGAAUUUGUCCUUUCAAGACCCCCCAGCAAAACAGCGAUGUAUCUACGCCCCUGUACAGCAGCGCUUUAAACUCCACCAUAGAGUUAACGCCGCCCAUGUCGCGUCAUUAUCGACCUUUGCAGGUGUCAAACUUUCCCCCACCUUCUUUCUCCACCCACAGAAGGUGGUUCUCGCGCGGACUGAGUGUCUUUCCCACUUUUUUUCCAGCGGAGCGGAGAGUUGUGUCGCGGCUGCAGCUCGUCGAGCCUCCAGAGGCUCCACCGGGAUGGCCGCCAUCAAAGCGCUGCAGAAGUGGUGCCGGGUCCAGUGUGAGGGCUACCGGGAUGUGAACAUCACCAACAUGACCACGUCCUUCAGGGACGGAAUGGCUUUUUGCGCCCUCAUCCACAAACACAGACCCGAUCUCAUAAAUUUUGAUUCUUUGAAGAAGGAAAAUGUCUAUGAAAACAACAAACUGGCCUUCAGGGUAGCGGAGGAGGAGUUGGGGAUUCCAGCGUUGUUGGAUGCAGAAGACAUGGUGGCUCUUAAGGUCCCCGACCGCCUCAGUAUCCUGACGUACGUCUCUCAGUACUACAACUAUUUCCACGGACGCUCCCCGAUUGGGGGGGCAGGAGUGAAGCGUCCCGCUCAGGGUCCCACAGAUCAGCCGCCUGGGAAGAAGAACCAGCCUGCAGCGUCAAAAGCUUUCCCCUCUUCCAAACCUGCCAGUGAGAACCGCCCUCCCCCAUCCCCCCGCAUUGCAAAACCUGCUGCUUCUCCAAAACAAAGCCAACGCGAACAACAGGAGGUGCUGGAGGAGAAACAAGUGCGGACAGGCACGCUGAGUAACAAAUGUGUUUCCUGCCACCAACAUGUUCACUUGGUCCAGCGACAUCUAGUGGAGGGAAAGCUGUACCACAGGAACUGUGCAAAGUCGCUGUCGCUUACAAACACAAGUGCACCUCUCAGAGACUUACCCCACAAUGCCCCCGUUUCUAAAUACACCAUACUUCAUCCAGAGCUGAUUAACGCCAACACUAGUGCUCCCGCCCCUGCACCAUCCAGACUGGGACCUUCAUGGCUGACUGAGAAACCCGGCACUGCAGCCAGCGCCUACAAGCCCGCUUCAGGUUUUUCUUCUGCAGGAAAAGACAGUCUGACUGCUUUCGUGUCCAAGCCAACAGCUUCACAGGGUACUUACAACUCAGUCUCCACCACCACCUCCUCCAUCCUCCCCAGGCCCAGUGCUGCACCUCGGACCUCGACCAGCGCCUACAAGCCUGCUUCAGGUUUCUCUUCUGCAGGAAAAGACAGUCCAGCUGCUUUAUUUUCCAAACCCACGGCUUCACGGACUACUUGUGACUCAAGUGUCACCACCUCCAUUACAACCACUCCCUCCAGGCCUACUGCUGCCCCUUGGACAUCAUCCACCACAACCAGCAUCUCCAAGCCCGCUUCAGGUUUUUCUUCCACAGAAAAAGAGAGCUGGACUCCUUUUGUCUCCAAACCCACAGCUGCACGGACUACUGGUGAUUUACGUGUCGUCACCACCACCACCUCCUCUCGCUUCACUGCCUCCAUCCCUACCUUCUCCACCACCACCCCCUCCAGGCCCAUUGCUUCACGGACUGCUGGUGAUUCUGGUGUCACCACCACCUCCUCUCGCUUCACUGCCUCCAUCCCUACCUUCUCCAUGACCACCACCACCCCCUCCAGGCCCAUUGCUUCACGGACUGCUGAUGAUUCAAGUGUCACCACCACCUCCUCCCGCUUCACUACCUCUGUCCCCACUUUCUCCAUCACCACCACCACCCCCUCCAGGCCCAGUGCUGCACCUCAGACCUCAACCACUGCAGCUAAGACACUACAAUCCAAGCUGAAGUUCUUCCAAGCGGGCCCCGAGGACACUGCUAAUGAGGAUUCAAACAAGACUGCAACCAAGACUGUGGAGAUUAAUAGAGGUUGGAAUCGGCAGAGUCAGAGCCAAGAAGCUUCAGUAGGUCAAGUUGUGAGUGUGGCUGUUGGUGUUGGAGGUUCAGAUGAUGUGAGCUCAAAACCGGAGCACAGUGAUAAUAGUAAAACUAAAGCAGCAGCUGCAGCCUUCAUCUGCAAGAAACUGGCUGAAGAAAACAUCGGUGCCAACAGUAAACCAGCAUGGACAACUGCAGUCCUGAAGAAAACUGACAAACCGACCCCCGCUGAGCCUCCUAAGGAGACAGGCGGUGGGAGAGGAAGAGUUAGGUUGAAGGUGGACCCUUCGAUCCUCGCUGAUCUGCAGACUCCGCCCACAACGUAUAGCCCAAAUUCCAGUCCAGCCUUGGCCAACCAGAGGAAAUUUGGAGCCCAGUCUCCAGACAGAGGAAGCCCCAAACCUGACAGAGCAUCGGCCAACACUUCAGAGAACACUGAAUCUCCUGCAGACUGGAGGUCGAGACUCAAACCAGUCUCCAAAGACACAAAACCUGCUGCUUCACCAAAGACGUCUCCGCUCCUCAGUGACCGGAAGUUGACAGACGGUGAUGCAAAGCCGGCACCUCAUGGAGCUGGAAAGCUGCACACCUCAGAGCUUCCUGUGGCACCUUCCUCUGGUCAUCAUCCCAGCCCCAGCAUCUCAGUCACGCCACCAGAGCCAAAGAGGUUUGUAAACGGUCAGAGUGGAAAAACUGCAAACGGUGCAACACCAGGGUCAAAGAUCAACCAGACUAAACCAGGCUACAUUCCCAAGGAGGAGAUUUUGAAGGAGUUGGAUCAGAUUGAACACAACCUGAACGAGCUGGAGAAGAGAGGAAUUGAGUUGGAGAAAAAGCUUCGCAGCAGCGAGCUGGAGGGAGAAGACGACUCGGUCAUGGACGACCUCAUGGUUGAAUGGUUCACCUUGAUCAGGAACAAGCAGGUGGCGAUGCGACGAGAGUCUGAACUGGUUUACAUAGGGAGAACCCAGGACCUGGAGGAACAGCAGCCCAGUGUUGAAAAGGCGCUCAGGAGAAUAAUGGAAAAACCAGAACAUUUAAAAACUGACUGGGAAAGGAAGCAAGAAAAACAUCUGAUGGACAAACUGGUGGAGAUCGUCAACGACAGAAAUGCGAUUGUUGACGGUCUGGAUGAGGACAGACUGAGGGAGGAAGAGGAGGAUGAGCAGCUGAACAAGAUGAUGAAGAAUUUCAACAUCAAGAAAGAUAAGGCGAGGAAAAAGUCUCAGAUGUCCAAACUGUUCAGUUGGGGGAACAAGAAGGAGGGAUGACGCUCUGCAGAACAAACCUCUGCUUCCUCUUUGAUUUCAUUUUUAUUUAAAUUUUUGUUCUGCUGCUGCUGCUACAGUAAUGUUGGCACACUCAGUGAUUCACGGGAUGCUGUGCGGUUGUGCAAUCUGUCAUUUUCUGUUUCAGAAAAAUGCGCUUCCCUUCGCCGGCUGCAUCGCUCCCGGUGCGGCGUUACUCGGGCCUGCUGGUACCCGCCUCACAUUAAGUUUACAGGUUAAUGACUCACCAGGUGCGGCACAGUUAGUUUUUAUUCCUUUCCAUUCAUACUCUGGUUGCUUAUUCCGCGCUCGCACACUGAGAGCACCUCACUUGCGAGACUUUUUUCCUGCCGUUACACUGAUGUCAACGGCAGUUUGAGGAAAAGAGACAUUACGGAGGAGGUCAGCGAGCUGUUUCCUCUGAUAACCAAAACACUCUUUGUGAAUAUUUUUCCGAUUUUGUGAAGAUUAAGACAACUGAUCAUUUGGUUCAAUUAUGACGCCAGUGGGCUUCCUUUUGAAGUGUCAAGAUGUUUAAUCUGACAUUGAUCUUCUUAAAUUCUUUGAACUAAUUGAAAAUUGUGCCUCACAUGCAAGUGCUGUCAAUUAAACGCUUUAUAGCGCAUAAUAUUGCGUUCAUUUUUGUGAUGGCGACUGGCCUAUGGCAGACCCUGAAGCUUGAUAUGGAGUGUCCCCAAUCCCAGUGUCCUGAUUGGACACCUUUAAUUAAUAUAUACAACCCCUGGCAAAAAAUUAUGGAAUCACCGGCCUCGGAGGAUGUUCAUUCAGUUGUUUAAUUUUGUAGAAAAAAAGCAGAUCACAGACAUGACACAAAACUAAAGUCAUUU